AUGUUCCCGAACAACGCCUUCAUGAACGCUCACGAGGUUAGUUGUUAUUUUUUAAUUAUCCGCUGUCUGCUCUUAUCUGAACUGUGCUUUUUUUGGGCAAGAAAUAGAGAACGAAAGAUAUUUCGCAACAUUCCAUGCUGUAGGAAACGCUCGCUUCUUUUCCGUAAAACGCUUUGAUAACAUCGCCACCACGUUGAACAAUGCAUGGAAAAAGGAUGAGUCACUCGUCACAUUCGACUGUUCUCUCCGUUUUCAGUCUAAUGAAUCCGAUAUUUCUAUAAUAGUAACCGGCAAUUUGUUCCGUGUUGCCUCUGUUUAUUCACCUCACAUCAGUUUGUAAACAGUCGGAGACAGAGCGCUCGUCGACGCGUGCUAACUCAGAAUAUUUCAGUACUUCUACUACAAACUACGGAAUGUGACUCAUGAUGAGGACCCCGUGAAUAGUACCAGCAGUUGGCUCAUCAGAAAACAGAGUGAGUUUAGAAUAUUCUUCUAUUUUCUUCUCAAGCUUUUAUAUUCAGUUUCCGAAGAUACUCCAACGGAAAUGCAGGCUGAUUUUGAAGCGUAUCUCACUGUCUACGGAAGUAUUGCAUGUGUUCUCGGAUCCAUUCUGAACGUUCUCGGCACUAAGAGGUAGAGUUUAAACAAACUAGCACUGGUCGCUGCAAGUAUUUCCUUUUCAAGCUUGUCGAACAGCUGUCGAAUGGUCUGGGGUCACUUGCUGGUGAUUGUCGUUUUCGUUCCCACAAUUGCUCUCACUCUCCUCAAUUUCGAUGACGAUCAAACACUUUUCUUCAAUAUCUCUAUGGCUCUCAUCUCCGUUGCCUGCUUCGGAUCUCUCGGAAUGAUGGCUGGAGGAGUGUUGGGCAUGUCUGCUCUUUUCCCUGCCAAAUAUGUAAGUAAUGCAAUUUUAUGGUCUUAUGCAAAAGUCGUCAUCUUUAGACACAAGCAGUGAUGGUUGGCCAGUCACUUGCCGGAGUGUUGGCAGCUCUUUUGAGCAUUCUGUGCCAGGCAGUCACAUCGAAUGUCAUCCUCAACGGUCAAAUGUACUUCGGAUUCAGUUUGGUGAUGUGCUUCGUCAGUCUUGCCACGUACUUCUAUUUGGCCAGUCUGACGCCACCAAUUGAGCCGAACAACGACGAUGAAAGCCAAUUGAUCGAAGAUGACGAAGAGGAUGGAGAAGGAGAAGUGGACAUCGAGACCCAGGCCAGCCACUUCCCGCCAAUCGACGCGGACUCCACCGACAGUGCAAUCACGCAGUCAAAGUGGACACAAUACACAGAUAUUAUGAAAAAAGUAAUAGAAAAAAAGAAGACAUAAGAAACCACAGAUUUUUCAGUCCUCCAUCGACCUGACCACACUUUCUGUGAAUCUCAUCGUCACUCUUGCAGCCUAUCCCGGGUUGACGAGUCUUGUGCACAGCACAUCGCGCAAUCACACCUGGAACUGUAAGUAUUCCUCUUUUCGUUGCUAUUGUUUAUUUUUGAAUUCAUUUCAGCCUACUUCUCGUCGGUCGCAUCCUUCCUUCUUUACAAUGUCGGAGAUCUGAUUGGAAGGUCAUCUGCCAACUCUCUGCGCAUCGUAAUAUUUCCGUUCCAGUCAUCUAACAAUUGCUCUUUUUUCAGCCCAGAAAGCUUCUUCUCUGCGUCGCCUGCUCCCGCUUCUUGCUCAUUCCGAUGAUUGCCAUGUGCAACGUGGCUCCGCGAGCUCACACGCAUGCUCUCAUUCCGUACGACGGCAUUUUCGUUCUUCUUGUCAUUAUUCUCUCCACCUCCCAUGGAUUCGUUACCACCAAUGCGACAAUCGGAGCGACGACGUAAAAUAAUCACAACUCAUUCAGAAGUUUCAAUUUUUAUUACAGGUCGACCGACAAAGAUUGUCGCGAACUGGCGGGAAGCAUCAUUUCUCUGAUCGGAGUCACCGCUGCCAUGAUUGGUGGAGUGCUCGGUGUUCUAGUCAUCAAAUUAGUCUGA